GUCGGGACGGGGGCACGGUGUCGCUCGAGGGUCGAGAAAGAUGGGGAUUGAAUAGAAUCUGUGCGGCUUGUAGCAGGGACUCGGCGACGGUGCGAACUUUUGCAUCGUCAUUUACAGGCGAAUGUUGCGUGAGGACCCGUGGAGGAAGUGCUUCCGUCGCAGUGAGGCAGCUAAUGUAGGCAGAGCUGGGGACGGCUGGAGCUGCUGGGGUUUUUUUGGAGAGGGAAAACAACAUGGCUGCGGUGGAGCUCGAAUGGAUCCCAGAGACACUGUACAACACGGCUAUCUCGGCUGUGGUGGACAACUACAGCCGAUCGAGAAGGGACAUACGGUCACUGCCAGAAAACAUACAGUUCGAUGUCUAUUAUAAGCUUUAUCAGCAGGGCCGACUCUGCCAGCUCGGAGGAGAGUUCUGUGAGCUGGAGGUGUUUGCUAAAGUUCUGCGGGCCUCAGACAAAAGACACCUCCUGCACCACUGUUUCCAGGCCCUAAUGGACCAUGGUGUGAAAGUUGCCUCAGUUCUGGCCAACUCCUUCAGCCGCCGCUGCUCCUACAUCGCAGAGUCCGAUGCCCACGUCAAAGAGAAGGCCAUCCAGUUUGGCUUUGUGCUGGGUGGAUUCUUGUCUGAUGCGGGUUGGUAUGGAGAUGCAGAGAAAGUAUUUCUUUCGUGCCUGCAGCUGUGUACGCUGCACAGUGAGGUCCUCCAUUGCUACCGGGCUGUAGAAUGCUGCGUCAGGCUGCUUCAUGUCCGCAAUGGUAAUUGUAAGUACCAUCUGGGAGAGGAGACCUUCAAGCUCGCUCAGUCUUACAUGGACAAACUAGCCAAACAAGGCCAUCAGGCCAAUAAGGCUGCGCUGUAUGGUGAGCUUUGUGCCUUGCUCUUCGCCAAGAGCCACUAUGAUGAGGCAUACAGGUGGUGUAUAGAGGCUAUGAAGGAAAUAACUCCAGGGCUGCCUGUCAAAGUAGUGGUUGAUGUCCUCCGGCAAGCCUCAAAGGCCUGCGUGGUGAAGAGAGAGUUCAGAAAAGCAGAGCAGCUGAUCAAACAUGCAGUGUUUCUAGCAAGAGAACAUUUUGGACACAAGCAUCCCAAGUACUCGGACACGCUGCUAGAUUAUGGAUUUUACCUAUUAAACGUUGACAACAUAUGUCAAUCAGUGGCUAUUUACCAGACGGCGCUGGACAUCCGGCAGUCUGUGUUUGGGGGGAAGAACAUCCACGUUGCCACAGCCCAUGAAGAUCUGGCCUACUCAUCAUAUGUGCACCAGUACAGCUCUGGGAAAUUUGACAAUGCUCUAUUCCAUGCAGAGCGUGCCAUAGACAUCAUAACUCACAUUCUGCCUGAGGACCAUCUCCUGCUGGCCUCCUCCAAAAGAGUCAAGGCCCUGAUACUGGAGGAAAUUGCCAUCGACUGCCACAAUAAAGAGACAGAAGAGCGCCUCCUGCAGGAGGCUCACGAUCUGCACCUCUCAUCACUUCAACUGGCCAAGAAGGCCUUCGGAGAAUUCAACGUCCAGACGGCCAAACACUACGGCAAUUUAGGACGACUCUACCAGUCCAUGAGGAAGUUCAAGGAGGCGGAGGAGAUGCACAUCAAAGCCAUCCAGAUCAAGGAGCAGCUCCUGGGCCACGAGGACUACGAGGUGGCUCUGUCUGUUGGCCACCUGGCAUCUCUCUACAACUACGACAUGAACCAGUAUGAAGACGCAGAGAGGCUCUACCUGCGCUCCAUCGCUAUUGGUAAGAAACUGUUUGGAGAGGGUUACAGUGGGCUGGAGUACGACUACAGAGGCCUGAUCAAACUCUACAACUCAGUGGGCAAUUACGAGAAGGUGUUUGAAUACCACAACGUGCUGUCCAACUGGAAUCGGCUUAGGGACAGGCAGUUUGCUGUGGCGGACGCUCUGGAGGACGUCAACACUACGCCCCAGCAGACCCAGGAGGUGGUGCAAGCUUUCUUAUUGGCUCAGAGCUUAGGCCCCACCCGCCCCUGUCUAGGCUGAUUUUAUGAGUGAUGAGAGGAAAAACAGACACGUGGGGAUUAGCCUGGGGAAGAUGCGAAAUGAGCCCAAAUGUGAUGCUUCAGUGGCACACAAAUAAUUAGUGAUACACAGUUAAUCAAAGCAUCACUGGCAAAUGAGUUGGCUGGUGUGGUCAACUGUAAGCUGCCAGUGUGCGCGCACACACACACACACAGUAGAGAUAACACCAUUGUCAAACCUCAUUGACACCCAGACAAACCACCAGGAUGCAGCUUCACCUCACAGAUAAUACUGUUCCGUUUCUCCAAGAGAAGGAGAACCCAUGACUGAGGUGUGUGGGUGGGGGGGGGGGGGGGGGGUUCAAAAAGACCUCAAACAUCCUGAGAGGAUGACUAAUGACCCCUUCUCCUCACUAGUCCUGCUUGCCUUUUUCUUUUCAGUUUGGAAUCUGAGGACAUUUUUGCUUUUGUAUUUGAGCCAGAGUAGCUCUUAAUGCCAUGACACUCAUUGCAGAACAAAACCAUAUUCUCCAGGAUUGUGAAUUACAGAGCAUCUGGACCCCACAUGAGAAAUGUGUUAAAGCCCACAUCCAUCAGCAUCAUAACUCAUUGGAUCACAGAUGGGAGUUGCCUAAUAUUUGACACUUGUACAGUGUAAUGAUACUGCAGAUUGUACACUUAUAUUUCAGUUGAAGGCUUCUUUGUUAUUUCUUCUGCAAGGAAAUGAAAGUGGACCUUGUUAUGAACUGCUUGGUGGAGAUUAAACAGUGGAAUGUGUUGAACCAGUGGGUAAAUUGUUACACACAUAACAGGCUUCACAUGUUUGUUUUCAAUUUAUUUUAUCUGUUUUUUCCAGCUUAGUCCUGACAUAGCAUCAUUAAAAUGCCAAUAACUUGUAUACAGAAGUGUGUUUAUGUAGCCCUUUGUUAAUGCUUUCCUUACUGAGUAAACAAGUCAACACUUUCUUUAAAAACAAGGGACAUGACUCGGAGUGAAAAGAGGAUGAUGCUACAUGUACAGAGGUUAAAAGCCUCCCCUUCUUUGUUCAUGUGAAGGUGUGGCUUUGUGUGUGUCUGUAUGUGUGUGGUCGUCAGUAUUCACAGAUAUAACUCUGGGUGCCCAAGUGCUCCACUGGGGACUACCAGCCUUACACCAGCUUGCAGUUAUGUCUGUAGACGGACCCAUACUUCUAAGUGCUAAAUAAACGUAUACCCUUAAGGGUACUACAAUGGGUACAAAAAUGUGGUGUGUAUGUGAGUGUAUGUGUACCUGUGCAUCUGGCCUUUCCUCUCCACUCCAAUAUCCCAUAAAUGGAAGGAUCCAUGUAUGUGUUUUUUACUGGACUUUUUGCCUCCAUCAGUCAAAGUGUUUACGACCAAAAUCUCAUCUUUUGUUUCCUCUCAAAGCUGAACUGUCUCAGUGCAGCUCUUAAAACUAUCGGUCACUUCCUCAUAAGGAAAAAUCUUUCCCACCAAUCUGAUACUUCAUUGAUGUGGCUGCUUAGCUGCUGGUCCACUUCAUAUUGAAAGGAUUAGUUGACUCAUUUAAAUUAAAAAGAGGAUUUGUCUCACUUACCUGUAGCGCAGACAUUCACAAACUUUCACCAGAUUUUCAUAGCUGAACAAUGUUGAAUCGGAUACAUUGCAUUAACAAAAUCUUCAAUAUUACCCAUAUUUUAAUCCAUUGGUUAUUCAUAUAGUUUACAUAGAAUUUCACUUACACAACACUUAUUACACAUGAAUGUAUCUAGCAUUUCUCCUGUGGAUUAGAUUUCAUCAGUCCUGCUUCGUCUGUUAAACUUUCAUACUGUCAGAGGUGAUCAUGGCUGGUAACUCUAACCAAGUGAUUCAUUACAAACUCGGGUAAAAUGAAUGUAACUCUACAGUCACAAAUACAGUAAAUGUGUAAAGAGAUAACUGAUGGGAUUUUGCUCUGAACAGUGCGUCCUGAUGGAAUGUGUGAGUCCAGCUGGAAAACAGAUUUUGGCAUUAAUGUCUGCAACAUUACUGAAAACGUGAUGCCUUCACGUACCCCACUGUUUUUUUAAUGACUGAAGAAAUGAAGCUUUGUCGUGAUGUUGCUUCAGUGCUGUGACACCUCUCUCCCUCGAGCAGUGAUGAGUCAGUGGGUCCAGCUGAGGAGGUCCAGCCUUAGUCCCCUUAAAGGACGCUCCGCUCCACUCAUAGUGCUUCUACAGGCACAGACCUCCCCCCAAUACAACCCCCUCAGUGAUGGGACGUUUGCACAGUGUAUGUAAACCGGGGGUAGUUAUUAGAUCAAGUUCACUAGUCACCCUCCCUCCUUUCUUCAACCAUUCAUCCUCUUCUCCUCUCCCUCCUACUUGCAUUCCUUCAUCCUCCUUCCUACCUUCAUCCCAAACCUAACCCCUUCAUCUUCUCCCCUCCCUCCUACUCGUAUCCCUUCAUCCUCCUUCCUACCUUCAUCCCAAACCUAACCCCUUCGUCGUCUUCUCUCUCUCCCCCUCAUCUUCUCCCCUCCCUCCUACUCGUAUCCCUUCAUCCUCUUUCCUACCUUCAUCCCAAACCUCACCCCUUCAUCAUCUUCUCCCUCCCUCUCCCCUCAUUCAUUCAUCCUCUUUGCAUAUAUUUUUGUUAUUGUGGAGCGGGGCUUAUGGCAAUGAUCAAUACAUUUCUUAUCAUUGUGAAGAAAAUUGCAAUAAUUGAAUGGUGUGAAAAAUCUACCCUGAGAUACUUGCGCAUUGUUAAGAUGUGUUCAUUCGAUCUGUCUCAUCCUCUGCUACACUUUAAUCAAAGGUCAUUUCUCUACUUGUUGAACUUCAGUCUGGUCUGUUAGGGCUGCUGUGUUUACCCCACUGGCAAGAGAGUCAUGCUUCUUCUGUUGUGGUGACAGAUUUCUCUCUGUGCUACCUGUAAAAGUUUAACAAAUCUGUUCCCACUGAUUUUGACAUGAAGUGUUUACUGUCUAUACUGAACCUGAAGUGUCAGUAUCUCACCAUGAUGUCACAUUUUCUGUUGGGCUGACAGGAAAAAGAAAAGUACAUUUCAGACGAUGGACUCAGACGUGUUUUAAAGCAGUGUUUAAAUGUAUUGAGAGUGUCUUUCCUUUAAUAUGACCUUGAUAAAUCAGCUGACUGGUGGAAUGUAGGAGACAGGGUUUGACUUGACAGCAUAGGACUGUCAUCAGUGUGAUCUGAAAGGGAAUAAAAUAGUUGUACGGGCUGGAGGAGGGGAGGCGGGUCAGGGCGGGGGUUGGCUGUGGAUGUUAGACCAAUGUUAAAGCUGUGAUCCCACCUUUCAGUUCAGACGAUGUGACUGACACCAAAUGUGAUGAGGGAAUGUUUCACUGUUGUCUUGUUACUGCUUCACUGUUAGCUGCAAAAACAUUAAAACUUAAAGUGUAUCCUUGAUCACAAACACCA